CUUUCAAACUUGUUUCCUUUUUUAAGCACUUGGAUUAGUAAGUGGACUGAGUGCUACAGGAUCUGAAGGCCAAGAGAAGUGAGGAGAUCGAAAAAGGUUCCAUUUAUCAAGUUUGAGACCUAGACCUUAACAAGAUGGGUAACGAGACCUCCCUGCCCAUGGACAUGUGCUCCAACUUCGAUGCCGACGAGAUCCGACGUCUGGGCAAGCGUUUCCGCAAGCUGGAUCUGGACAACUCGGGGGCCCUGAGCAUAGACGAGUUCAUGUCCCUGCCGGAGCUGCAGCAGAAUCCCCUCGUCCAGCGGGUGAUCGACAUCUUUGAUGCUGAUGGCAACGGCGAGGUGGACUUCAAGGAGUUCAUCCAGGGCGUCUCCCAGUUCAGUGUUCGCGGCGACAAGCUGUCGAAGUUGCGUUUUGCAUUCCGCAUCUAUGACAUGGACAAUGACGGCUACAUUUCCAACGGGGAGCUGUUCCAGGUCCUCAAAAUGAUGGUCGGCAACAACCUGAAGGACACCCAGCUGCAGCAGAUCGUGGACAAGACCAUCUGCUUCGCCGACAAGGACGAGGACGGAAAGAUAUCGUUCGACGAGUUCUGCUCGGUGGUCGGCAACACGGACAUCCACAAGAAGAUGGUGGUCGAUGUCUAAGGACGGUCGGAAUUCCGAAUUUGAAACUCUGAAUGUGCGUGUACCUUCCGUUCAACCUGUUCAGCUUUAUAUACAUUUAGUAAAUACAUAUAGUAAAUGGAUCCCGUGUAUGUAUGUAUGUCUGUCUGCGGUCUGUGGUGCCAAAGCCAAAAUCCAGAAUCCAGAAUACAGAAACCACAAAAGGAAUAUAUUGUCUAUUGGAUGUAGUUUGUACUCAUAUUCGAAACCACCGGCAACGGACCACUACAAGAGCAUACCCCUCGCGUCCCCCAUUCCUCCCGCAUGCGCCGGCCCUGAUAAGUAUGCUAUAGAUGACUUAAGAUUGAGGACAUCAUCCUAAACUAACUCUAGUUUGUACUAUAUCCUAACUCUACGUUCAGUUUAAGUUCAUCUUUCGACUAAAUGUUGUGUAUAAGAUAUAUUGUAUGUAAAAAAUCUAAAGAAAAGAAAUCUACAACAACUACAAAUUAAAGAAAUGUUUAUCGAAAAA